UAGUUACUUUGGUUUUUGGACAAAAUCCGAGUGUUAAUCUCCCCAACUCCUAAACAUAGUACUCAUACAUUUAUGGUUAGUGGGUCUUUUUUCAAUAUUCACCUCUCCCUGUCUUCUUCCUUCCUCGAGAGGGAGAGUGUGUGUCUCUCAAACUGUCACACAAAUUGAUCAUUUUUAUAUUAUUGUUUGAUUUGUUAAUGAAAGCUGUAAUAAGUGAAUCCCAGAGGAGAAGACAAAAUGUCCAUGAAGAGCAGAAUUGGAGUUGGUAGAGAGAUUUCUACAAGGAAUUCUAUCCCAAAGAAUUGGGCUUUUUGGCUUUGCCUUGGUAGUUUCUUUGCUGGAAUGUUCUUCACCAACAGGAUGUGGACACUACCAGAGCGGUUAAAUUUGGAGGCUAUGGAUUGUAAUUUAAAGCUUAAGGGUGUAAAUUAUCAAUACAACAACAGUCUAAAGCAAGUUUCAAAGGCACAAUAUGCCGUCCAAGAACUAGAUAAUAAGAUUUCAUCUUUGGAGAUGAAACUAGCAGCUGCUAAAGCUGAGCAUCAUUCUUUAUCAAAGGACUCUCCUCCAGCAGGAAAAGAAAAAAGGAAAUACUUUAUGGUCAUAGGAAUCAACACAGCUUUUAGCAGUCGGAAGCGUAGAGAUUCGGUUCGUACAACUUGGAUGCCACAAGGUGAGAAAAGAAAGAAGCUGGAGAAGGAGAAGGGCAUAAUUAUUCGCUUUGUUAUAGGUCACAGUUCAACCGCUGGCGGCAUACUUGACAAAGCCAUCGAAGCAGAGGAAUCUGCAAAUGGAGAUUUAUUGAGGCUGGAACAUGUUGAGGGUUACAUGGAAUUGUCAGCCAAGACGAAGACUUAUUUUACUGCUGCUGUAGCUCUAUGGGAUGCGGAGUUUUAUAUCAAAGUCGAUGAUGAUGUCCAUGUGAAUUUAGCAACACUCGGAAUGGCUCUGGCAGGACAUCGUAUGAAAUCACGGGUUUACAUCGGCUGCAUGAAGUCGGGUCCUGUUCUUGCUAGAAAGGGAGUAAAAUAUCAUGAACCGGAGUAUUGGAAAUUUGGAGAGGUGGGAAACAAGUAUUUUCGUCAUGCGACAGGACAACUUUAUGCCAUUUCAAAAGAUUUGGCAACCUACAUCUCAGUAAACCAGCAUGUGCUGCACAAAUACGCAAAUGAAGAUGUUUCGAUGGGAUCUUGGUUUAUUGGUUUAGACGUGGAGCACGUGGAUGAUAGGAGACUCUGUUGUGGUACCCCACCAGAUUGUGAAUGGAAGGCUCAGCUAGGCAACAUUUGUGCUGCUUCAUUUGAUUGGAAAUGUAGCGGAAUCUGCAAGUCUGUUGAGAGGAUGAUGGAAGUUCACAAGCGCUGUGGCGAAGAUGAGAAUGCUUUAUGGAAUGCAAGCUUCCGAUCAGAGACGCUGACUGACAAAUUCUUCCAAACUUAAGGAAGGAUCUCUUGACGAAAGUGGCAGAUAACAUUUAUAUCGACAAAUGCCUACAUGGCUGAGAAAUUGUAUGUAUUACCAAAUUUUAUAAGUAAAAAAAUUGAAUUAAAGCCUCCAUUUUGAGCUAAGGAGAGCAACCCCAGAUAGCAUCAAUAAAAAAGUUUGUAAAUUUUUUCAGGCAGCAACUUUCCGCCUUUUUGUUCAUAAAUAAAAUAUAAUACAAAUUAUAUUAACCUUUCA